GUAGCAUGAAGGUUAUCUUCCCGUCGCCAAAUAGUAUUCAAAUAGCAUGAAGGUUAUAAAGCAAGUCCUUAGCGUCAAAUAGUAUUCAAGAUGAUUCAAGUUGGCUAGAAUAUAUCAAUUUCGAUCAGCAAGAGGUUGCAGCUGAUCAGCAAGAGUUUGCAGCUGAUAUGCAAGAGGUUCCCGCUGAUCAUGAAGUUGUUCCAGCUGCACAGGAAGUUGGUAUGGUUCUAGUUGCGCAGCAUUUUGGUAUGGUUCCAGUUGAUCAGCAAGAGGUUGCAGCUAAUCAGCAAGAGGUUCCAGCUGAUCAUGAAGAGGUUCCAGCUGAUCAUGAAGUUGUUCCAGCUGAUCAGGAAGUUGUUCCAGCUGCACAGGAAGUUGCUGAAAUUCCAAAGGUGACUGAUAGGGCAAAAGAAAAAGAAGGAUGUUGUGCAACUGGAACCAUACCAAAAUGCAAACAAUACAUUAAAACAAUACCAGGAUGUUGUGCAACUGGAACCAUACCAAAAUGCUGCGCAACUAGAACCAUACCAACUUCCUGUGCAGCUGGAACAACUUCAUGAUCAGCUGGAACCUCUUCAUGAUCAGCUGGAACCUCUUGUUGAUCAGCUGGAACCAUACCAAAAUGCUGCGCAACUAGAACCAUGCCAACUUCCUGUGCAGCUGGAACAACUUCCUGAUCAGCUGGAACAACUUCAUGAUCAGCUGGAACCUCUUGCAUAUCAGCUGCAACCUCUUGCAUAUCAGCUGCAAACUCUUGCUGAUCAGCUGCAACCUCUUGCUGAUCGAAAUUGAUAUAUUCUAGCCAACUUGAAUCAUCUUGAAUACUAUUUGAUGCUAAGGACUUGCUUGAUAACCUUCAUGCUAUUUGAUACCCUUCAUACGAAUAAAGAUAGCUUUUGUCAUCGAAAAAGAAAAAAAUAAAGAACAUUUUCUGUCCUUUUGUACCAAUCAUGAUUGGCGAUAGUUGGAUGAAAUAUACUUUGGUUAGAAUUUCAAUUAUUAGAAGGAACAUUUUACCCUCUGUUUCUUCAUAAUUGAGUCAACUUUUAUGGGCUUGAUAACUCGGGAAAGCUAAGGACUUGCUUGAUACCCGUCGCCAGCUUUCUCAACCAUUCGGUAAUAUAAUCACCAUCGCAACACCACUUGAGUUCUAGAUGGUUCUUUUGGUAACAGGAAGAUGAUACUCGAGGGAGUUCCUUAACUCGUUUUUCGUUUCUCGUUUCUCUUGU